ACCCAAGCUAUGUCAUAAAACAUCAGAUAUGACAGAUACGUGUACAUACGUACAGUAUAUAAAUGCCAAAAGCUGUCUUAGAGGCAGUAGGCUGAAAUAGGAGACACAUUGGAGAGUGAGGUGCUGUAAACUGAGAUGUUAAUGAUGUCGUCAACCUGCUGUGUGGCUCUUUUGGUGCUGGCCCUGUCUGGAGUGACCCAGGCCUUCAUGCCGGUUGGUGGGGGCACCUCCACCCAUGCCACCAUCACAGGAAGUGCAGUGCUCAGUAAAAUCACUGAGGUGUGUCGGGCUGUAGCGGAAUCUGAAGGCAGGGAGUUCAAGCCUACGGGUUCAUCAGCAGAGGAGCUGUUGAGAGCGUGUCUAGGCACGGCCACUGGAGAAGUGUCAGCGGCAAAGUUCCGCACGGCACUCAACCAGGUCUACAUGCAGAACGGCCUGGUGGACCGUGACUUGGCCAACAGCCCAGCCCACCAUGUCAGCAACGAGGCCUUCAUCCAGGCCCGCACUCUCAUUACUGAGGGAACCUUUAGUGUCAAGGCCAAUGUCCGCAAGGAGAACUUCCAAGCAGCAAGAGAGACACUAGGGCGAGUCUUCCACACCUUACAGGACUUUUACAGCCAUAGUAACUGGGUGGAGUUGGGGAACAGAAGUCCCUACAUCAACCUCCUCCGACCAGACCUUCCCAUCGACAAUGUUGCAGAUAUUGAAACUCCUACAUGUAAUGACUGUGCCAGUGGUACAUGUCCAAACCCUCUCUUGCCUGACAUCCUGACUCAGAAGAAACUCACCUCAGGAUACAUGGGUCUGCUCUCUGCUACCAAACCUAAAGGAAAGUGUAGCCAUGGAGGGGCGUCUGACAUGACCAGCACCCAGGUCCCCCGGGGAGGCAUCAGCAAGGACGAGCGCAGACCAGACAACGCAGCCCUACACGAUGCAGCAGUCGCUGUUGCAACACAAGCCACUCUAGAGCUCCUGGAAGACAUCCGAGGGGCGGCGGGCAACAAUGAGUUCCUGCGACUGAUGGGCAUUGCCCGCUCGUCUGUCCUCUGUUUUGUGAUUGACACCACAGGCAGCAUGGCUGACGACAUUGCUGAGGCAAAGAGGGUCGCCACUAACAUCAUCGACAGCAAGAAGGGCACAGUGGAUGAGCCCUCUGAAUACAUCCUUGUCCAGUUUAAUGACCCUAAAUUUGGCCCUCUGAUUAGGACUACUAACCCAGAGGAGAUGAAAACACAGAUCGCUGCUCUUAAGGCAAACGGGGGCGGGGACAUUCCAGAGAUGUGUCUCUCAGGACUUCAGCUGGCUCUGACUGGCGCACCUCCUUCCUCCCAAAUCUACAUUUUCACCGAUGCUCCCGCGAAAGACAUAGACCUGGAGAAGACAAUCAUUUCCCUGAUCCGCAGCACAAAAUCAACAGUGAACAUUUUCAUGACAGCCUCAAAGAGGAGCUCUAAGUAUGCUGGGCGCACGCCCCGGGCAGAUUUCCGUGUGUACUAUGACCUGGCGCUGGCCUCUGGUGGACAGGCCAUCGAGGUUUCAAAGUCCAGCCUUCCCCAGGCUACCGAUAUCAUUGUGGACUCCUCCACUUCUGCCCUGGUGACAAUUCUGCAGAGAGCCAGAAACCCUGGAAAAGUAGAGACCUUUCCCUUCCUUCUGGAUGAGUCUGUUUCCAAUGUGACCUUGUAUAUCACUGGGACUUCACUGGCGUUCACUCUACGAAGCCCCAAAGGUGUUUCUCAGAGUUCAACACAGACAACUGGACCUCUGGGAACAAUUCAGACUGUGGGCAAUCUGAAGCGAAUCAGACUCGACACCCUAAACCAGACGGGAUUAUGGGAAAUCCACAUGAACACUGGGAGUGCCUACACUGUCAAAGUAACCGGUCAGAGUUCCAUCACUUUUGUUUAUGAUUUUGUGGAGACAUUUGAAGGGCCUCACCCAGGGUAUGGAGUCAUUGAUGGACGCCCACAGGCAGGUUUGCUAGUCAAACUACUGCUGACACUCACCGGCCGGCAAGGACCAGAGAGUCUGAAGGUGAUGGAGGCAGCCCUGGUGGAGGUGUCUGGCUCAGGUGUGGCCAAUGGAACAGUGGAGGAAAUGGGAGGUGGAGACUUCCUGGUGACUGUGAAGAGUGCCCCAGCAGGUGAAUUUGUGGUUCUCCUUAAGGGGGAGGACAUGUCCACCUCUAGCCGAUUCCAGAGGCAAUCCACCACACAGAUGUCCAUGACUCCAGUGUCAGUCAAGGUUGUUGCUGACAACAACAUGGAACCAGGAAAACCAUUUGACAUACCUUUCACCGUCAGCAGCAGUGUGGCGAAGACCAAGUUCAAAAUUCGUGCGAGAAAUGACAAGAACUUUGCCAUGAAAUCUCCUCCCAGCAUUGACAGUGGGAGUGGCACCGAGGCUGAAGGGACCAUAACCAUCACUGCCCCGACCAACACUGCGUCAGGCACUGAUGUCACCCUGACCAUUGAUGUGGAGUCUACAGGAACCUCUGAUUCAAACUACGCUGUGGUGCGCCUCUCUGUGAUGAAAAAGGUAACAGAUUUCACCUCACCAGUAUGUAAUGUGAUGAACAUCAACAACAGCUGCCCAGCUAACUGCAGCAUGGCUUCGUGGUACAUCUCUGUCAACAUCACUGACGGCAAUGGGACGGGAGUUGAGAAGAUCUGGAUCCAGCAGGGCGAAAGUAAACUAGUCAGUAUGAAUGAAACUGAGCAGGGUGGCGUGACAGUGUUGCAGAACUCCUACCGCACCUCCUGCUGCACCCCUGUUCUCAAGCUGUCGGUCCUGGACAAAGCGGGCAAUGUUGGCUCCUGCAUGCACUCCAUCAUUCUGCCAACCACUACGCCAGUGCCUCUCACUACACCCAGUGGAGGAUCCUCCUCCCUCAGUUUGGCCACACCCCUGUGGUUGUGGGCACUACUGUCUGCUCCCGUUCUUGCUCUAAGAUUGGCAUAAAUCAGCAUACCCAUAAUGCAGUCCCUCCAGGAUUUGACGAUGUUGUGUUUUCACAAAUUCACAGAAAUUCAAGGAUUUCCCAAAAUGACGGGGUUGUCAUUUUCUCAUAAUAUGUAAACAUUAAAUAAAAUCAUAACACACCCUCGCAACACCAUGGAGUGACUGAAAAGGGAAAUGAUUUCAGGUUGUUUGAUAAGGUCCAAAAUCAACAGUGCUGCUGACUAAUAAAGAUGUGACCCAUAAACCAAUGAGAAGUUGAUUUAGUAAUACUGCCGAGGCAUUGAACAUCCCACAAAUACUGCCCCUGUACCCUUUGUGUGACAGGUGAUGCACAGUGAAUGACACCUGCACAUAGUCAUAGACAUAUUUCCAGUACACAUAAUUUCCAAUCACGUAAUUUAUGUAAUGAUUUGAGACAUUCUGUUAGUUUCUGUAAUCUAUUUCCGGCAUUAAUCUAAUUAAUUGCUAUUAAUUCUACUGUCUAAGAUGACAAUUCAGAAAUUAGACCACUUAUGUACAUUUAAUUGUUUUAAGAUAUGUAAGAACAGUUUUAAUGCUAUGAAUUAAAACACAUUGCAGAAACAUUAAA